UCGGGAGUCAGAGUGGACACUUGUCGUGUAAAAACUUGGGGUCGGUGAACAUCAACCUCGAGCAUUGGUGUGGAUGUCUUUCUGUGCGACUCACCCGCCCGACCGCGCACGCAUCAGCUGUUGUGGGUCAGCGUUAUCCCAGAUAUCCAAAGAUCCACUUUAUGGGGCUGGCAGCCAUGACUAUGAGAGCUGCACUUCUAGCUUCCCUCGUGAUUGCGCUGACGGGAGGGCAAGACAUUCCCUUGGGUGUCUAUGGUCCAGUCACCACCCGCUCCCAGCUGUAUUUGGCACUGGUGGCGAGCUUUGACCUGGACCUGCGAAAGAACUUUGAACCGGCGCUUCGCUCCCGCCUGGGCGAUCCGAUCAUUCAGAUUACUGACUUGCAACCGGAACUGGCCAACAUCAAGGUCCGGAUUGGAAACAGCGCUGGCACGCCGGAAACCGGCGUGGCCACGGCCUUGGAUUUCAUGCUGGGCCUCGAUGGGGAGCCACCCAUUGUCGGCUUAGUCGGUGGUGUCUUCUCGUCCAUCUCAAUGCCCAUUGCCAGUGUGGCUGCCGUGCAGAAAGUGACGCAAAUCUCCUACGGAUCCACCAGCCCCGCACUCUCGAACAAGGACACCUAUCCUUACUUCCUUCGCACCGUGCCGCCCGACAGCAUCCAGGGGCAAGCCUUUUGGAACUGGAUCGUGGCCUUCGAGGUGCCGAUGGCGGUUUGCCUCUAUGCUGUCGAGCCCUACGGCCAGGGCCUUUUCUUGGCCAUUGAAGAACAAGCCAAAGCAGCUGGGCAGGAGGGUCGCCUGAAGGGCGUGAGUGUUCGCUACAUGCCCAACACGUUCGUGGUGGCAGAGGCAACGGAGUCGUGCCGCAUUGCGAAGUCUUUGGGUUCGCGCUUCAUCUUCGUCUCCAUGAACAGCCAGAUGAGCAACGAGUUUGUCGUCGUGCUGCGUGAUGAAGGCAUGCUGCAGUCCGGUUGGCAAGUUCUGGGCUCCGAAGCCUUCACGCCGUAUGGGCCCACGAUCUUUGAAGCCGACUUGCCGGUGGGUGUGAUGCGUUGGAACCCUGUGAGCAGAGGCACCAAGUUUGCCAACUUCACGAAUCUGUGGAGCCAGUUGACCGUGAAUGAUGUGAUGUCAGCUGAUGCCCGGUCACGUUACAAGUACGACAACUUCAAGGUGCCGCUGAGCUCGGCCACGGUGCCAGCCGUCACGGACGCCAAUUUUGCCAAUGGGGACUUGCCGAGCUAUGACAGCUUCUUGUUCGAUGCUUGCUACACUUUCGUAGUGGCCAUCAAUGAGCUCCUCAAAAGUGGCGUUGCUGUGGCCGAUAUCAAGCAGCAGACCUUGCUGGAUCAAGUCAAGAUCACGCAGUUUGAGGGCAUUUCAGGGCCUGUGAGCUUCAACGCGAAUGGUGAUCGUUUGGCCUCCUACGAGCUCUUGAACCAGCACCCGGACGGUUCAGGUGGAACCACCUUGGUGCAGGCUGGCAUGUUCAGCGCCACCACUGGAGUCCUCACCAUUCCAGGUGGACAACUCUAUUGGAUGGACGGGCAGAUUUGGCCAAAGCCUCCAGACGUCCUCACCAACUGCGAUGCUGGCUUCUACAAGGAGGAGACUUCUGGACAGUGCAAGGCUUGCCCUCGAGGCUUCCAAUGUGCCGGCGGAGCCUUGCCCUACCAACAGUGCAGUCGUGGGUACUUUGCCAACAUCACCGGCAUGGUGGAAUGCUUGCCCUGUGCCGAGGGCUUCUUCGCUGCCGAGGUGGGCUCUGCGGAAUGCAGCCCUUGCUUGGCCGGCUUCUACAUGGACAUUACAGGGCAGGAGGCAUGCAAGAAGUGCCCCAAGGGUACUUACAUGCCGGACAAGCAGGCUAUCCAAUGCAUCCCGUGCAGCAUGGGCCAAGGUACGGAAGAGAGCGGAGCUCAAUCCAUGUCGGAGUGCCGCUGCGCCGAAGGCAGCUUCCUGUGCAACUCCAGCGGCUUCACCGCCGGAUGUCAAGCCUGUCCGGACGGACUGCAGUGCGCCGCUGGUUUGGACCCUCCGACGCAACAGCCGGGCUUUUGGACCAGUGGAGGAGAUACGUGCUCCUUCGAUGUGAUCCGCUGCCGCGAUCAGUUGGAGUGUCCGGGCCAGGCCAUGGGAGACUGCGCCCAAGGCCGCGAAGGAAUCGCAUGCAACAAUUGCGUCGAGGGCUACUAUCCCCUUGAUGACGGCACCUGCUUGCCUUGCGGACCUGGGGACUCCUUGCCGGCCAUCUUCACGGGCAUUGCUGCAGUCAUUAUCAUCAUCUUUUUGCUCUCCUCAGUGAACGCAGAUCUCAAUCAGCAGAGCCUCAAUCUUCUCACGGUCGCCGCCGUUGGAAGUCAGAUGGUGAUGGCAGUGCAGGCGCUGGGGUCCAUUCGUCAGCUCUCGAUCCAGUGGGUGGAUCCCGUGCGCGAGAUCAUCGAGUUCACCAGGCUCUUGACCUUCGACUUUGACAUUAUUCGCAUCUCCUGCAUCACUGGCCAAGACAGCCCAACCUUGAAGUUCUUGGGGCAAUUGUUGGCAUGCCCCAUGGGUGCUUGCGUCAUUGUCGUGGCCUAUUUCGUGGCGAAGAUGCGUGGGCGCAAGAUGUCUUUGGAUGCUGUCUUCAACUUGAACGGGAUUUUGCUCUUCGCUCUCUUCAUCACCUUGACCUUGGCCGUGCUGGGCCCCUUCCAGUGCCUGGCCAAUCCGGAUGGCUCCUCCUCCAUGGCGGCCAAUCCAGGCGUCCUUUGCUUCGACUCCGGCGAACACACGGGCCUCGUGAUCCUCUCAAUCCUGGGCAUCAUUUUCUACCCUUUCACCAUCUUGACGUGGGCGACUUACACGACGGUCAAGUACCCUUCACGCAUCAACUCGGGGAGAGGGCUUCAGCUGGUGAAUCGCUACCGCUUCCUCUUCCAGCGCUUCAAGCCCGAGUGCUACUACUACGGCCUGGUCUUGCUCUGGCGCAAUGCCUUCGUGGCUCUCUUCCCGGUGCUCUUCGUGGCGGUUCCAGAGGUUCAGGUGGUUUUGAUGGGUGCCCUCUUCGUGUGUGGUGGUGCGCUGCAAGUGCGUGUGUGGCCCUGGCGUACGGAGCAGGCCAACUAUGCAGACCUGGUGAUGACCUCGUUGCUUCAGGUGGUGCUCUUGGGUGCCGCCCCAUUGCUGGAGAUUGAUGAGGCGAACAGCACCGAAAUCCUGGGAUGGCUCCUCUGUGUGGCGGUGCUGGGGCCCUUCCUAGCAGGCAUUGGAGCCAUCUGUUACUCCAUUUGGCGCCACUUUCAACCCAGCAACGUCUUUGGCAUGUUCCUGUGCCACCACAAAGGAGGUGCUGGCAGUCUGUGCCGCCUCAUCAAGCUUCUCAUUUCCAGGCACAGCAACUGCAACGUCUUCUUGGAUUCGGAUCAAUUGGAAGACCUUGACCUUAUCUUCGAUACCAUUCGUGCCAACACGAAG